AGAGAGAGAGAGAGAGAGAGAGAGAGAGAUAGAGGAGCGGAAGGCAUUCCCAAACCAUUCACUACAGAUCGAGAAAAACCAUCAAGCUCACACGAUCCAUUUGCACUUAAGAAGAAUCUACUGUUUCCCCUCUUAAAGAUGGUGUUCAAUCUCCGAACCUUCAGUUUUGCCAAGUCCGUUGAAGACGAUCUAACACCUCCUAAAAGCUUCUCCAUAAAGGAGCUCCGAGUCGCGACAGACAACUUCAGCAGCAAGAACAUCGUGGGGGACGACUGGUACGGCACAGUUUACAGGGGCCGCUUGGCCGAUGGUUUGCUAGUGGCAGUAAAGAGAGCAAGCUCUGUCGAUUGGUUGAGGGAGGAGCACUUUGAAUCAGAAGUGCAAGUGGGAAGCGCGGUUUCGACACACCCAAACGUGCUAUGCUUAAGGGGCUUUCACAGGACCAAAAAAGAGCUCUUAUUGGUGUAUCCCUUGAUGAUUAACCAUAGCCUAUCUUACAAUCUUACAGAGAGGCAGGAUUGGUUUGCCCGACCUAUUGAUUGGACUACUCGCAAGCGAAUAGCCUUGGGAGCAGCGAGGGGGCUUGCCCACCUUCACAAUCAAGGUGACUUUAAGAUCAUGCAUCGCUACAUCUGUGCGUCAAGCAUACUGCUGAAUGUGGAUUUCGAGGCCGUGAUAGGACUUUUCCGUUUCCCCAAGAUCAUGCACGAGGGAAAUGCAGAAGAAGGGACUAUUGAGUGGAUAACGUGCAUGCCACCAAGGCACGGAGCCGGAGUUUCAUUCUCAUCUCCAGCAGAAGAAAAUUCAGCUGAUUCUGGCUUCGAUUCUCUAACCUAUCAUUGCUAUGAAGAUGUUUAUGUCAACACCCCCAUCACUGGCAAAUUUGGGUUUAUUGCCCCUGAGUACUUAUACACAGAAAAGUGCACACUGAAGAAUGAUGUCUUCGCAUUUGGGAGAAUGCUUCUCGAGAUAAUCUCGGGACAACUGAUUAACAACUUUCUCACUGAAGUACUCGGUGGGGAAGCUUUCUUGCCAGAGGAUGGGGUUAGAAAACUUAUGAAUGAAGACCAGUUGGGAAGGGUGAUGGAUCCCAAUUUGCAGGGGAACUACGCGGAAGAACAAGCAAAGCAACUACUCCGAUUGGCAUUGUUAUGUUCACACGAGGAUCCAUCUGUCCGACCAGAGAUGUCAGAAGUGGUUAGGAUGCUCGAAAGCCAGUUUCUUCAGCGGGACCCUAGUACAAGGAGUAGUUGGAGUCAAAGUGAGUGUGACUCAACUCCAUACCACUCUUUCCCUCCUUCUCCUUCUCCUCUGGGGUUUGCUCCAUGA